CUAGUGCCGGUUACCCUCUAUCAGGGGAAGCUUCAGUGCUGCAGACGCUGUGGCAGACAGCCACAGGCAGGCAAGCAGGCAAGCAGGCAAGAAUAUAUAUAUAUAUAUAUACGUAUGUAUGUAUGUAUAUAAAAAGAGUUCAUUUUUAACAAAGCUCUGGCAUUUCAAUUCACACACACAACCGCCUUUCUCGGCUUACGCAUUCUCUUUCAUUCACGUUGCCUUGGAGAUUCGGCAUUCUCUGUUGUUGUUUUGUGUGGAUUUGAUUUACCAGUGUUAGCACCAGAAUGAAUAAUAAGAAGGAUAUGUUGAAGAUUCAGCCGUGGGUUUUGAGAGUGAAUAUACACUGCGAUGGCUGCGCGCAUAAAGUCCAGAAGCAGUUGCAGAAGGUUGAAGGGGUUUACAAGGUGAGCAUAGAUGUGGAGCAAGGGAAGGUGACUGUAUCAGGAAACGUCGAUCCAGCAGCUCUGAUAAAGAAGCUGGAGAAGGCAGGGAAGCAUGCUGAGCUAUGGGGAGGGCAGAAAGGGGGUUCAAAUGCGAUCCCCAUGCUGAACCACCAGUUCAAGAACUUUCAGAUGGAGAAAUCCAACGGUGGGAAAGGUAACAAGGGCCAGAAGGGUGGGAAAGGUCAGCAGCAGCAGCAGCAGCAGCAGAAGGGUGGAUUUCAGGUUCCUAAGGAGAUGAUGCAGCUGAAGAAUAAUGAGUUUAAGGAAAUGAAGUUUCUUGGGAAGGAUAAGAAGUCUGUAAAAUUCAACUUACCUGAAGAUGAGGAAGAAGACUACGAUGAUGAUGAUGACUACUUCGAUGAUUCUGAGGAGGAUGACAGUUUCGAGGAUGGGUUCGACGAAGGGUAUGCAGCCCACCAGCUUCCGGCCAAGGUGGCGCCGCUUGCCGGCCAUGGUGGCAAAGCAAAUAAAGUGAAUUUAGACCUCAGCCAUCAGAAAGGCAAAAAUGGUGGCAAGAAUGGUGGCGGGAAGGGUGAGAAAGAUGGAAAGGGGGAGAAAAUAAAGGCCGAGAAGGCGAAAAGUGGAAGUGGCCGAUUCGAUACAUUUCUCAAGAGCAUGCUGGGAAAGGGCGGCGGCGGUGGCGGUGGCGCCAAAACAGACGCCGAAGGCAAACAUUCGAAGAAGAAAGAUAAGAAGCAAAAGGGGGACAGCAAAAAGAGUAAAAAAGGAAUUGAUUUUGAGCUCGAUCAAGGCAAAAAUGGUGCCAAGAACAGCAAGGGCAAUGACAAGGGUAUGAUCCACGGCAAUGGAGGAAAAAUGAAUGAGAAUUUCGAAGGAUUCCCGAGAAUGGAAACAAGGCAGCCGCCGAGCUUCAACAACAUGAACACUGGCAUGAAUAUGAUGGGUCAAAUGCCGCCAAAUUUCCAGGCGGCGGCGCAAGGGUUAUCAAGAAUGGGGCCCAUGAACGGCGGCCAUUACCCGGGCGGGUUCGGGCAGGGGAACCACCACCACCACGCUCAGGCUCCUUACAACAACCCACAAUACAUGGAUCAAAUGAGGAUGAUGAUGUACCAGCAGCAGCAGCAACAACAGCAGCAGUAUGGGGGAUACAAUCAUAAUAAUAAUAUGGGGUAUAUGUCUAUGCCGACGGCGGCGCCGCCUCCCGGCGGCGACCACUACACUCACAUGUUCAGUGAUGAGAACACCGGGAGUUGCAGUGUAAUGUGAGGAAGGAAGAAAGGGUUGUUUUGACUUGGUUAGACAACAAGUUAUUAGUAAGUUAAUGCAGGUUUCUUUCUAGUUAUUAUGGUUUUGUGUUUUAUUUAUUUAUUUUUGUUUAGCCUGUAUGUUGAUUUUGGGUUCAUUUUAUUCUAGAUAAUUUUACAUAUA